AUGGUGGAGAUGAGGCUUGGCAACAAAGAGCCAGAGAACUCUCUGGCCUCUGAUGAAGUAUUGGCUCACUUCUUCAAUGAUUUCUUAAGUCUGCCGUCCUUCCCAGAGGCCUUACAGUACGACCCUCACACGGGGCAGUUUGAGCUGGUGGACGGGGCGGCUGAGUUUGUCUCCAGAAGGAUCCGAUCUGUCCUGCACCGCAGCAAUUCAAAGCUCCUCACCGGAGACCCCACAGCGCCGGCCAGAACCCCUCCAGUGGACAACCGCUACACUGUCCGUUGCCUGGACCGAGAGCAAGGAAUCCAGUGGAUCAUCAAAGAAAGAUUACCUUUUUUUCUUCUCAGUGAUUGCUACAAUUUGAAAGAAGAUUUGCUUCAGUCUUUGAUUUGCAAGGUGUACGAUGCACUUUGCAAAGUGUACGAUGCACUUUGCAAGGUGUACGAUGCACUUUGCAAGGUGUACGAUGCACUUUGCAAGGUGUACGAUCAUGCACUUUGCAAGGCUGCACCUGCUUUUCAGGAGACCAGGCCUCGCAAUUAUGUUCUUUCUGCCAGUGCAUCAGCGGGCCAGCUUACAGCGAAACUAAAACAGGUACAAGGGGACUUGUUCGACAUGGAAGAGUCGUCGCCCGGACCAAGUUCAUCCCCGAGUUUGGAGCAUUCCACGGAUUUGCCAGAGUCGAGUAGAUCCAACGGAACUCUGCCAACUGCUGCGGUUGUGAGUCAUCGCAGGGAUCUGCUCCAGGCACGGCUGGACGGCCACAGAAGUGACCGCAUGAAGAGGAAGCUUCCAGCUGAACAUGCGGUGCAGGAAGAGCUGCGAUUAAAAAGCCGGAUGUUGGACUUAAUGGAGGAAGCAACCAGCCGCAGCGCAGCCAGCAUGGAUCGUAUGAACAACACCAUGGACAACAUUAAUGUGACUGUACAGAAUGGCCUUUCCCUGAUGAGCCAGUUCAUGCAAGUUCAUACUAACAACAGUGGAUAUGGACACUUCCAGGUGUACGAUGCACUUUGCAAGGUGUACGACAAUGCACUUUGCAAGGUGUACAAUGCACUUUGCAAGGUGUACGAUGCACUUUGCAAGUACGAUGCACUUUGCAGUUGCAAGUACGAUGCACUUUGCAAGGUGUACGAUGCACUUUGCAAGGUGUACGAUGCACUUUGCAAGGUGUACGAUGCACUUUGCAAGGUGUACGAUGCACUUUGCAAGGUGUACGAUGCACUUUGCAAGGUGUACGAUGCACUUUGCAAGGUGUACGACAAUGCACUUUGCAAGGUGUACAAUGCACUUUGCAAGGUGUACGAUGCACUUUGCAAGUACGAUGCACUUUGCAGUUGCAAGUACGAUGCACUUUGCAAGGUGUACGAUGCACUUUGCAAGGUGUACGAUGCACUUUGCAAAGUGUACGAUGCACUUUGCAAGGUAUACGAUGCACUUUGCAAGGUGUACGAUGCACUUUGCAAGGUGUACGAUGCACUUUGCAAGGGCACACAAACGGAGCUGAGCCUGCACACUAGAGAGGAGACACUUCUGAAAGAGCCUUCUGAAGUGCAGCUGGAGGAAGUGGCUAAACAGGUGCUGAACAAUGCACUGAGCCAGGCAGACACUUCUGAUUGUUGGAGCACGUCAGGAGAGCAGACACAUCGUAACAGCACACACAGAUCCUGUGAACGUAGAGCUUGCAUUCAGCAUUUGGCUGAUGGGGGCACAGACAGGUUGGGGGGGGGGGAAGAGAAACUUCAAGAAGGCAAAAAGAAGAGCGGAGGGGAAGAAAAGACAAAGUGGCCUAAGAAGAAUAGAGAGGUAGGGAGAAGAGACAGAGACCAGGAAAAUAUCCAUGGUAAUUGUUGCCAGGGUACCUGUUGCCGUGGCAACAGACAAGGCGUUGAUGAGUUAAAGGAGUUUUUGCGAGGAACGUCAGGAGAGAAGCUGCUUAAUCUCUGGAUGGAUAUAGAGAGACUGAAAGCUCCCCAGAACAGAGAGCGGAAGAACAGGUAUUUGGUCCUCAUGAGAAGCAGGUACCUGGUGAGCAGCAGCCUCUCUGUGGAGCUGCUCUCCAGGCUGGGACUCACCACCUCCCCCUGCUGGACGGAGGACAGGCUGCACUCCGUCCAGCCCCCCCUCACAGAGGCUCUGCUCCACUACUGGGUCCCUCGGUUCUGGACGUCCCACUGUGCCCGGGCAGAGCAUGAAGACCCCCCUCCCCUGGAGCUGUGGACAGCCUGCAGUGUUAGCCCUCUGUCAGACACACAGCCCCAUCAUGGUUCCACCACCAUGACCCCCUCCCCCCAUUCCGUCCAUACUCAGUUAUAUUCUGGCAGAAGUCAGUUACUGGACAGCAGAAGAAUGGAAAAGAUGAUCCAGGCUUUAUGUGCUGACUCGUGUGCCGGCUUAUACUUCACACACUUCUGUGAACAAUCUGGAAACCAGCUGUGGGAGAAUGCAGUUUACUUUUGGACUGACCUGCAGCACUACCAUGAGCUGUUCUAUCAGGACGGACUGGACCAUUACAGAGUGCAGAGGGAAGCACAGCUCCUUUACUCCACCUAUCUCUUCAGCUCUGCCAGGAGGAGUAUUGGUGUAGAUGAGGAGAUCAGAACAGAGGUGUAUGACCAGCUCAUGCCUGCUUUUGAGGAAGUGUUUGACAGGGUUGAGGAACACACACUGAACAUCCUGCUGGAGCCAUGGAUGCUGCUGCUCAGCAGGGACAAAGAGUCUUUUCAGAAGGUCUUAAUGCAGGACGAGGUGCGUCGAGUGGACAGUCAGGAGUACAGGGACCUGCAGAGUCUGUACGAGGAGUCAGAGUUCCGCCUGAAACAGGUGGAGCAGUCCCAGUCCAUAUUAUUUCCUUCUCCUAUUGACCCUUCAACUCCCUUCACAAAGGGUUCCCAUGCGCCUAAUUCUUGGUCCCGAGUGUCUCCAAAUCUUAAAGGCUACCGUCUGGGUUCCUUACUCCGUCACCACCAUGAGAUAGGACACUUUAUGUCCUAUCUACAGAAUCACGAUGCUAGUAUCCAUCUGACAUGCUGGCUGGAUCUGGAGCAGUACAGAAGGACUGCUCAGAGAGACAUGGCUGUCAGACAGGAGAGGUCGUCUCAUAUUGCUACCAAAUACCUCAACAGGAAAUACUUCUUUGGCUCCGACAGCCCCGCCUCCUCAGAGCAACAGAAUGAUUUACUGCGUCAGGCAGGUGGACUGGAGCGUCUGAAGCUGGAAUGUCUCUCAGAUCCUGUGGUUGUGGAGAUCCAAGCCAUCAUCAGGAGUCACAUGGAGACAACCUGGCUGCCUCUGUUUCUGUGCACAGCAGAGUUCACAGAGCGACUGCAAAAGCAACCAGAGCCCCAAACAGAGGGCAGGCCCUCGCAGGCCGUCUACCGUGAGGCCAGGAGGAGGAACAAAGCCUGGGAGGCGGGGGGCUUGUGGAUGACUUCCUCCAAGGAGAUCCUGCUCUUUCGACAGACCCUCCUCCACCCCGACACCUGUAUGCAGUUCCAGCACUUUGUAUCUCUGAAGGGAGACUUCCUAGAAAAUGAUGUGCUCUUUUGGCUGGAGGUGCAGAGAUACAAGGACCUCUGUCACUCCCACAGUGACGAGGCCACCAUCCAGCAGAAGAUCUCCACCAUCAUAAACUGUUUCAUCAACUCAUCCAUGCCCCCCGCCCUGCAGAUAGACAUCCCUCCUGAGCAGGCCCAGCACAUUCUGGAGAAACGCCAGCAGCUGGGUCCUUACAUCUUCAGAGAGGCACAGAUGUCAGUAUUCAGUGCCCUGCUGAAGUUUUGGCCUGAGUUUCAAGAGCUAAGCAGCAGUGUCCAAGAAGAGCACCUUCUUCCUCUACUGCAGGAGAGACGAGUCCAACACAGCGCCAGAGUCAGGAGACAGAGGAGAAAAGAGGAGGAAGAGGAAGAGAGGAAGAGAUCUCAGGAAGAGUUGGAGAGACAAGAGUCCAGUUUUAGAAAGGAGGAAGAGACAGACGAUGAAGAUGAUAUAGAAGAAGGACAAGAGAGAAGAAAUGUAACAAAAGAGUGGAGGACACAGAGCAGGGUGCUGCUGACUCCCACACAGCCGUUGUCGUGGUCCUACUCCAAGUACAUGGCGGCUCUGAGGAGAGAGGAGGUGCUGCUGAGGAGACAGAGUCAGCUGGGAGCCUCAAUCCCUGCCUCAGGGUCGUCCUCCGCCUGCAGUGUCCGGUCAGCAGCCAGGACACGCCCCUCCAGAACAGACAGUACACAGUGUGACAGAUACAACAGUAAGUUGAAAUGAAGAGUGAAAUGACCAAUACAAGCCUCUGAAACACAACUGGCUCACGUGUUACUGCACAGGGUGUGAAGGCCUGCAACAUGAAAUGAAACCAAAGACUUGAUGGCGUAUUGCUCUGACACUGACGGAUGAGGGUGCUGUUAUAAGAGCAUGAGGAUUGAAAGCUGAGAGC